AUGUCAUCCGAUUUAGAUAGACAAAUUGAACAACUCAAAAGAUGUGAAAUCAUCAAAGAGAGUGAAGUUAGAGCAUUAUGUUCAAAAGCAAGAGAAAUCCUUUUAGAAGAAGGAAAUGUUCAAAGAGUAGAUUCACCAGUAACUAUUUGUGGUGAUAUUCAUGGUCAAUUCUAUGAUUUAAAAGAACUUUUUAAAGUUGGAGGAGAUUGUCCACAAACCAAUUAUCUUUUUAUGGGAGAUUUUGUAGAUAGAGGAUUUUAUUCAGUAGAGACAUUUUUAUUAUUGUUGGCAUUAAAAGUUAGAUACCCAGAUAGAAUUACAUUGAUUCGUGGUAACCAUGAAUCUAGACAAAUCACUCAAGUCUAUGGUUUCUAUGAAGAAUGCGUUAGAAAGUAUGGUAGUGUUACAGUUUGGAAAUAUUGUACAGAGAUUUUCGAUUAUCUCUCACUUUCUGCUUUAGUUGAUGGUAAAAUAUUUUGUGUUCAUGGUGGUUUAUCUCCAUCAAUUAAUACUUUAGAUCAAAUUAGGGCAAUUGAUAGAAAACAAGAAGUACCACAUGAAGGACCAAUGUGUGAUUUAAUGUGGUCAGAUCCAGAGGAUAUACCAGGAUGGAAUGGUAGUCCAAGAGGUGCAGGUUUCUUAUUUGGUGAAGAUGUCGUUCAAAAGUUUAAUCACGAUAACAAUUUAGAAUUUAUAUGUAGAGCGCAUCAAUUAGUAAUGGAAGGUUUCAAAUAUAUGUUUAAUGAAACAUUAGUCACCGUUUGGUCUGCUCCAAACUAUUGUUAUAGAUGUGGUAAUGUUGCUGCAAUUUUACAACUCGACGAAAAUCUUAAAAAGAACUUUGCAAUCUUUGAAGCUGCUCCUCAAGAAUCAAGAGGUGCACCAGCUAAAAAACCUGCACCUGAAUACUUUUUAUAA